AUGAUGUUGAGCUUUGUUCUUGCUUACAGAUUCGAACAAGUUCAUUACAACAUCAAACAUGGCUUGAAUCGUAAGUACGAUUGGCAAUUUUGGGCUAAAAUGAGAGAAGAUUAUACGCAAGUGGCAAUUUUAUGUCAAAAAGUUAACAAAAAAUUGGCGACCGUUAUAAUAAUAUCUUUUGGAGCAAAUAUAUAUUUUAUAGUGACUCAACUGUAUAAAGGAUUAAUGAUAAAAAGGACAAUGGUACAGCAGUUUUAUUUCAUGUAUUCGUUUGGAAUCCUUCUGGUAAGAGCUAUAUCCGUAACAUUUUUCAGUUCGAUGGUACAUUCACAAUCGAAGAAACCUUUGAGCUAUUUGAUUUGUCUAUCCAACGAAAUUUAUAACAAAGAGAUUGAGAGAUUUAUAUCACAAGUUCGUUUCCAAGAUACGUCUUUAUCUGGCGGAGAAUACUUUGUGGUAACACGAGGAUUGUUAUUUCAAAUGGCUGCCAUAAUUAUAACAUACGAACUAUUCUUAAUACAAACAGGAAUAAAUAUUUACUUGUAA